GCCCUAGCCUAUAAAAGAGAGUCGCCAUCCACCAGCCAGUCUUCAUUCCCAGAGUGCAUUUCCAACCGAACCCAACUAGCAAAAGAAUGUUUCGCUGCUCCUUCACGCUCGUCGCCUGCGCGGUGGCCGUCAUGGUGAUGGAGACGGGAGCCCAAAACACAUACUACUACCGCCCGUCCGCCCUGUCCAGCCGCUACAAGACAGUUCCAGAGAAGAAAUCCAUCAAUUCAAUUAAUUCCAUCGACGACGACGAUUACGAUUCAUUCAAGCCCGACUACAACACCUUCAUCAAACCAUACAACCCGUUCGGCAACAACGGCUGGGCACGGCCGGCAGCAGUGCAACAAAAGCCAACAACAAUGACGCAAUACAAAUGGAAAUUCGACUCGAUCGAAUCGGAUGAAUCGGACGAAUAUUAUCGGAGACCAUCGACCAGGCCGGCCAAACCGGUGGCCAAUAAGCCCCCCGUCUCCUAUUACCACUCGGAUUCCAGCGAGUCGGACGAGUUUUACUACAGACGACCAGCCUCCAAGCCCAUUGCCAAAAAGGCGCCGAGCACUUAUUACCAUUCCGACGAGUCCGACGAGGAUAUUUACAGACGAUUCUUGGCGUCCUAUCGCAGCAAAUUCUAGGUCACAGGUGUAUACUACCCAACUAUUAUGUAUACCCUAUAGCUGACACUGGGAGAAAAAAACAACAAAGUAGAGUGUGUGUUUGUGAUUUGCUGGCCCAAACUGCCCCCCAAAAGUUCGGACAACAAUUUUAUAGCCACCGACUUUAUCAACCCCAAAAGAAAAACCACGAACCGACAACAAAUUUAAAACAAUUAAAUUGUGUUUCGUGUUUAAUUCGAAACAGUUGAAUGCCUCAAUUCAUGUAUAACAACAGCAACCCAGUGCUAUUACUCGUGUAUCAAUUUUUUUUUCUGCCAGUUGUAUUGUAUAAUCUAUUGUAUAAUAAUACACGAAAUUAUCUAAUGA